CCAUCAGCUCAUAUUCAGUUGCCUUUGAGCCCGCAAAUUGUAAAAAUCGCACGACCGUUAGCUGGAGAAUUCGUGAAAGGAUUUUUUUUGUGUGUUUUUCUGGAGCAGCAGAAAUUAAUUCCUACAUCGUUGAAGCUAAUUUAGCAAAAAGAAAUUUAGAUGAAACUGUCAAAAAUGAUGUUGAAAAGUUGAAAUUUCAUUUUUUCUACUAGGAAAUUUAACGCAUUUAGAUAAAUUCAUCUUUAAACGAAUAGCGAAGUUCGUGGAUAAGUGUGCGUGAAAAAGAAAAUACUGUAGAGAGUUGAGGAAGAUAAAAAAGAAGAAAAUAAAAUGAAAACAUGUAAAGAGUGAAAUUUGAAGUCGCCAUGAGAAUUU